AUGGGUCACCUGUUGGUUGAGGGGUUGGAUGCUAUGGCCCGCACGGUGUUGAUAGACCAGGAUAUGCACGAGGAUGUUGAGUUAGAGGCCGAAGAGAUGGCUGAAGGAGAAGAUGAUGUGGGAACAGAUGGCGGUGAUGCAAGAGAUCCAAUGGAUGAGGUAGACAAGUUGGACAGCGAUGAAUCCAAUUCUGAAUCAGAACUGGAGGAAUUCACACUCAAAUUCUCCGUAUCAGUGAAUGGGGCUCAUGAAUUCCUGCAGAUUGAUUCUGGAGCAACAUGGGGGGAAGUGCAAAAGCAGCUUGCUGAUGUGCUUGAAGUGCCUCCGAAGGCUGUUCGCGUCGCCUACCAUUUUAGCACAGAGCCUCGAAACGCACCGCACAAACAUCUGAAUAAACCAGCCCACCUUAUAGAGCUUGUGGAAUCAGCGCAGCAUGCAAUGAACACAACGAAAUCGAAGAAGGAGUUCAUCGUUGAGCUGAAGGACAUUUCCGGUGCAGUAGAUAAAGGAAAGGCAUCAAAGAGGGGAAGAAAAGGGAAACAUGUGAAGUCUAAACGGGGCAUCCACACUGAUAAUGAUCUAUCCGGUUCAGAUGCAUCAGAUGACAUCAAUAAUAG